AUGGUGCGACCGGCCGUUGCCACUCCGGCAAACUCCUUGCCCGGCUUACGUAACGACCGCGUCGUGGACUAUUUCGUGGUGCCGACUCGAGCACAUUUCGCGCCACACCGCGAGCAUUGGCAAGGAUGUGCAAAAGCCAUUCUCGCGAACGCUCUAUCAGUGCGUGCGCGCAAUGCGGUGAGCCGCACCGCGCACCGUCGCCAAGUUCGAUCACCACCGUCAGGCCUACACACUACCGUCUUUACCGAGUCACUGACUCCAUUCUAG